UUGACCAGCAUUGUAAGCUCAGUGGAUGCUCCAGGUGGUCGUGUACAUGACUGUUGUGGGAGAAGACAUGCGACAGAGUAUGCCAAACAAAAUUGUGAAAUUACAUCCGAGUUGCAAUGCAAGACUCCUGGAUGCUAUAAACAGAGGUACCCAAAUGGCCAAGGAGGACAUUUUGAUUACUGUGCCAAAUAUUGUCGUGACAGUGGAGGCAAACCACAAGGGUCAAUGCUUGCUUCAGCUUCAAUGCCGGACAUGGCUCUGACAGGCGGAUAUGGUAUCUGUCAGUUCCCUCAGUGUGCAAGACCCAAGUACUGUGAUCCUGCCAAUGGGAGGGUGCAUGACUUCUGUAGGAGAUCCCAUGCUUACCAAGCCAGAGUGCAAGGAAUCACCACUAGCACUGCUGUGAAUAUCAGAGUAGCCACUGCACAAGAGCUCUCCACAAUUGCAGGGAAGUUCAAGCAGUCAUGGGCUAGUGCAAAGGGGGCCUGUCCACCAGUUUCAUUUGUCUACAUCAUCAGUAACUCACAACUCACACAAAGAUGGACCACGUACAGAAAUGGGUUACAGAAGAAGGACGUUGAAGAGUACUACCAUGGUACUAAACUGACAUGCAACAUUACAGCGACUUCAACUCUGUGCAACGAUCAACAUUGUGGUGCAUGUGGUAUCUCAAACACUGGACUGGAUCGAAGAUGCAUUCAAAAGAACAUCAAGUUUCAGAGGUUUGGUCAUGGCUUUUACCUCGCUCCUAAUUCAUCAAAAUGCCAUGACUACACCCAAGGAUGCUCCUCGUAUAGAGCUAUGCUGUUGUUUGAUGUUUGUCCCGGAAAUAAAUCCAACCUCAAGAAAGACGAUGCAAAAUUAAAAGCACCACCUCAAGGAUUUGAUUCUGUUUAUGGACGGAAAGGAGUCCGCUUGAACUAUGUUAUGGUUAGAACAUGGGCAUGAGGUAUCUAUGUGUUAUAGUGUCCCAAAGCUCGAGGGCUUUAGCCCGAGGGAUGAGGGACACUAUAACCAUAGAUACCGAAUGCACAUGUUCUAACUGAUUUAGAUCCCAAAACCUAUUGGCUACUAGAAAUGCACUAGCUUAGCAACAGUCAACCUAUAUAAACAGCCAACCUAGCAACUGCAUCAUUAUUCUUUUGAAAACUAAUAUCUGAAGUUGGCAUCUCUGUGUCUCUACUAAGUCUCUAUUCAAGUCAACCCUGUUCCUCCACCUCAGUUUGAUGGACAAAAUUAUAGUCCUAGCUAGCUCCACCCACAAAACAGAAACAACCAGCUCCUCCCCCAGUUUUGCAGCAAACAAGCCCAGCACACUUCCCAAGAAACGAGCGGCUCGUACUACUCUCACAAAGCGAAAGGAAGACACCUAAGCUAUAAUUUGCAGCAAACAAGCCCAGCAAACGAGCGGCUCCUAUACUACUCUUGAAAAAAGCGAAAGGAACUUUAGGAAGAAGCCAAAGCUAGAAUCCCAGCACUUCCAUACAUCCAGCUCCUCCCCCAUGCAGCCUUGCAGCAAAAAAGCACAGCACACUGCCCAAAAAACGAGCGUCUCCUACUACUCUCGAACAAAGCCAAAAAAAAGAAACUAGAGCUUCUCUCUUUCAUUCUAGUUCUGUUAUUAUAUUGCAUCUAGCUACAAUAAUUUUUAUGUUAUUACAUGUGUAUCUUCUUGUAAAUCACAAUACAAUGUACAAUGUUGUAGUUUGUAGCCCAGAGCA